GCCGUUCCAACUUCAAAUAAACACACACACACACACACAAAAGCUUUGUUCCUCUAUCGCAGGUGUUGAAUCAUGUCUGUAGUACUUCGCUCCAACGGUGCCGUUCUCUUUCUCAGGAGAGCGUACACUGUUGCGGUAGAGAAUGUGAAAGCACAGCCAGCCGCUUCAGUGAUGAGGAAGGUGGCGGAGCCAAGCACAAGCAAUAUUGAUGUGGGGAAAGAACUAGUAGUUCAAGGGGCGAAGAGGGAGGUUUUCUGGAUGAAAGAUCCAAAGACUGGAAAUUGGAUUCCAGAGAAUCACUUCAAUGAGGUUGAUGCUGCGGAGCUCCGAGAGAAAUUUCUGUCCAAGGCGCCAAAACCCUAAAGAUUGUAGUACGUAGAGGAAUUGCAAGUUCAUACAACCACUACUAUCUGUCGAAAUAUCUUUCUUAUUUGCUUUUGUUUCUGUCAGGUAUAUCGGUUCUCCUUUAAGAAUUAAUAAUGAAAACAUACGUUUCAGACGAAU